GUUCGACCCCACGACCAUCAACGUCCGGCUGGGAGAGUACAACUUCAGCCAGCCCAGCCCAGGAGCUAAAACCUUCGGGGUUCUGAAGAUCAAGGAACAUGAGAACUACGACACUACGACCUACGUCAAUGACAUAGCUCUCAUCACCUUGGAUAAAAGCACCGAAUUCACCCCUGAUAUCUGGCCCAUCUGUCUGCCAGAUGGUGAUGAGGUUUAUGUUGACAGACAGGCUACUGUUGUUGGUUGGGGUACUAUCUACUACGGCGGACCGGUGUCCCAGACACUGAUGGAAGUCUCUAUACCAAUAUGGACCAACACUGACUGUGAUAAUGCCUACGAGCAAGACAUUACUGAGAAACAACUGUGUGCUGGUGACCGUGCAGGUGGCAAGGACUCAUGUCAG